AUGCAAGGCCGAAUCACACUCUCCCCUCUCCCUCUACUUCUGCAGGGCAGAACCACCCUCCACCCUCUCCCGACGCACUGGCAUUAUUCCUGUUGGAUCAAUCUUUUCUCCGUACCCUGCCUCCAACCCAUCCAUGGUUUCUCACAGACGCUGGUAUGUGAUGUCAUCAUCAAGCUAUUUUACAACACUGCAUCGCGCCGGAUGAGCAUGUGGCCAGCAGAGGAGUACAUCGAGGCGGCAUUCGUUGAGUGCAUGAGGAUGUGCGACGAAGAAACAAGGAUUCGAGUUCACAUUGUGCUGGCGAAUGAUACUCAGCGGAGCGGGUUUCUGAGCUCGAAGAUGGCGAAGGUGCGCGCGGGCAUGAUGGACCAGGCACGGGCCUGGAUCUUCAUAUGGUUUGGUCUACCUUUUACCCUCCCCCGAUCCUCACGCGCUCAAGUGCCUCCGGUCCAAGGCGAGGCCACUGAAUUCGAGGAUUUCCUGAAACAGUACCCCAAAGGUGCGGAGAGCUUUGACCUCCACACGUGGAUCCGCGCCCCAGAGGCCGGCGGCUUGCCGUUUGCACACCCUGCAUUCGAGUCGGGGAUCGCUAUGUCUCUCUUCAAGGGCAAGCCGGAGCCCGUGGUCGUGAAGCUUUACCAUAUUGCAUAUUUUCUGAUGGGGUUGGAGCACCGCAUUGUCAACAAGGGCAAGGACCUGGAGCACAGUGCCGCCAUCAACGGAAGGCUGACUGCGGAGUACCUCAGGAAGGUCACAGCAUGGUGCAAGGCUGCCAUCAUGGCUCCCGCUGUUAAUGGCAGUGGCCCGUGGUACAACGCAACCGAGAAGGCGUGGGCAUUCUCUCGCAGUAAAAAGAUCCUGAUCUCGACUGACGGGAUCGAGGACACCGAGGGAAUAGACCUUAAUAACGCUACUCGCAUCUUUGUGAUGGGUUGGAUUACGUGGCUGCGGAACAUCCGCCAACCAAUUCCGAUGGCUGUCGCUCGACAUUGUGGUCUUCUAUGCCGUCACCCGCAUACCCGCCACGCAUGGUAUAUCGGGUCACCUUUAAGAUCAGUACGGAUCGGGCUCUCGUUCGCGGUGAUGCUGGCCGAGCAGAGCUUGAGCUAUGAGUCACGGCGCCGUGGGUGGAUUCGCCCGAAGACCUUGAUGUCCUAUCCUCUGCGUGGCCGCUCAAUCAUUAACCGUUUUUUCCAGGGACGAUCUUACAGCUUACGUCUUGGGCCGAGGCCGCGGCGCAACCCAUACGCCUUCGAAAGCACCAACCCCCCGGCAGCCUGUGUUGCCCGCAGUAAUACGACGGUAUUUGCGCUUGGUUACGGCGGACCACAGUGCACGUCUCCGUGCUGCAGACGGAAGCACGGCAUGUCACCUCUCUGCAGGACAAAGAACGGAGCGAUUCCGCGCAUAGCGUGGUUGAAAGUCGCGUUUCCGAUAUGCUGGCGGGUGGCUUUGCUUUGGCUUUUCGACAGCGGGGAUUUACCAGCGCUGGCCACAUCGAUACACAUUGUUGCCUAG